AUGAUGCACGAUACGUCGAAAAUACAUCCAAUCAUAUUGGGCGAUUUUAAUGCACAUUUAGGGAAGAAGACAAAUGACAUGGAAAGUUCUCUUGGAAGGCAUACGUACGAUAGUUGUCGAAAUACACGAGGGCAAAUACUUGUAGACUUCUGCGAAGAACUACAACUUCGGGCAGCUGCCACGUUUUUCAAGACCAGGAAUGGACGAAAGUGGACCUGGAGAUCUCCGAACGGGAAGACUUUUAGCUGUAUCGACCAUAUAUUUGCAUGCCGUCACCUUCGUUUCAACAGUAUCAGAACAGGAUCAAUACAGUUUGAAACUGAUCAUCGGCUUCUACGAGGAAUUUUAGAGAUACACAGCUGCACUACCAGAAUGAGAAAGAGAACACGUUCGAAGUCUUAUCUAGACCGAGACGCUUACCAGAUGGAACUGGCCAGAAUUUGUCCUCGAACCAUUCAAGAUCCAUCGAAUCGUUAUCAAGAAAUAUGCAGGUAUAUCAGGAACGCGGCAUCUGUGGCUAUAAGACGUACCCAAGCUCGCCACUACCUUUCCACUGACACCCUAUCACUAAUGAGACAGCGACAGCAACUGAAGAGAGAGAUGAAUACGCUAACAGACCGAGUAGCAUACAUCGAAACUUGCAAAUUGCUGAGAAGGAUGAUAAGAAACGAUAUUCGUUUACAUCAUCGUGAUCUUGUUCAGAAAGCGAUUGCUACUGGUGGAAGCUUGAAGAUAGUGCAAAACCAAAUGUCAGUUGGUCGGCGACAACCGACUCAGCUACGAGACAAGAAAGGGAAACUAUGUGUGUCGAGGAACGAAAUCAAAGAAGUCAUAAGGGAGUAUUAUGACCAGCUGUACACAUCGCAAAGCAUGGUGCCCUACACACAAUGGAAGAAAGACGAUGAUGAUUGUGCACCAAUCCUCCCGAGCGAGGUAGAAACAGCUUUGAAGAACACAAAUGCCAGGAAAACUCCAGGACACGAUCUUAUAACGACGGAAAUGUUGCAGUGGGGUGCAGUUAACCUUAUACCACUAAUUACUGAGCUUUUCAAUGAAUGCCUCCGCACCGAUGACCUCGACAAAAACUCUAGAUGUUGUGGGCUAAAAAUAAAUUCUGCAAAAAUAAAGAUAAUGGCAAGAACAACGGCAACGAUCUUCUAUAGGGAUGUUCAGCUAGACCAAGUGCAGACAUUCACCUAUCUCGGACAAGAAAUUUCUCUGUAUCAUGAUUUUUCCGGAGAGAUCACACGACGCAUUCACAUCGGAGUACGUCUUCUGGAUCAUAAGACAAAUGCCUGGUUACGUGGGGUGACGAAAGUUAAGGAUGUGGUGGAGAAAGCCUUAGAAAGGAAGUGGAGUUACGCCUGGGAAAUGGCUCGUUCAAGUAGAAACAAGUGGUCAAAACUGCUCACGGAAUGGCACCCAUAUUUGCGAAGACGGAUUGGACGACCGAAAUCCCGAUGGAGAGAUGAGUUUAAGAAAGUGCUGAUUACGUGCAAUUGGCAAAAUGCGGCAAGAUGCAUGACGAAGAAGGAAUGGAUUGAUCUAAUGAGGUGCCACAUAUUGUAA